CGAGCGCAGGCGUCGACGUAUCGAUUCGAAAGGCCUCUGGGCGACACCCUCGCGCGUUUCACGGUCGAACUUCACUGCUUCACCGGCAAACUAGUGAGUAGUACGCGCACGCGACGCAGAUUUCAACUUGGAGCGUUUAUUUUCUCCUUCCUCACCUCUCUUAUUUCGCCCUUUCCGUUCGUAUUAAUCCUUACGUUGAAGUUUACUUCCAUCUUUCGUGGGAAUUUCGAGAGAGAGAGAGAGAGAGAGAGAGAGAGAGAGGUAGCUGGUAGCAGAUUUAGAUCGAGCAGCUUAGCAAAAGGGUCCAAGGGCUCCUCUCUCUAGACUUCGAGCUAGAUUCGUUCGAAGACGGAACGAAACAAAACGAAGGGAUCCAACGAAAAGCAUUCCUGCGAGGAAAGAGUAAAAUAUCUUUACAUUUUCGUCGAAGGAAACAAGUCAACGUAAUCCAUCAAAAUUACCGGCCGCGGCGGUUGCGCCAAAUAUUGUGGUACAGCUCCAUCACCCGGCAACAUUUCAUUCUCCAGCUUACGCCAAUCCUUUACCUCCAAUGUCAACUACCUGAAACGGAGAAUCCAACAGCUUGGCCUUGAAAUCGCAAGAUAUUGGAUGUUGAAAGACCCGCAUGAAAGAUUCGAUCGAGAACGGCAAGCCAUCCCAUCGUUAUCGGCUCGGCGUUAUCCAUGCAACGAUAAAAAAUUGUCAUCGUCAUCGUCCACUACCACUACCAGCACUACUACCACUACCACCAUCACCAUCAUCAUCGCUACUACUACUACUACUACUACUACUACUACUACCACCACCACCACCACCACCACCACAGCUGCACCCUGGCUGCUCGAUGUGCCUUGAGCAAAGCUAAGAAAAAAAAAAAAAAAAAAGAAAAAAAAAGAAAAGAAAAAAAAAAAAAAAAAAAAAGGAAGCAAUAAACGUCCGGCCAUUGAAAAAUUGUCGGACGGCCAUGCAAAAUUGUCGCUAUCACGACGACCACCAUAGCUUGUCUUCCAGGUUCUCGUCAGGAGAUUUGAGCUCGGAGCUCGACGAUGAACCGAAUACGGAAUCCGGGCUGGCCUCCGUGGCGCGGCAGGACUCGUCUCAGCCGUAUCAGGCGGCUCCAGAUCGGCCAUUACAAUCUCAGCCGGCACCACUCCCACCGAGUAAUCAACCGCCGAUUCCAGGAGCACCGCCAGCUGGACCACCUCAACCGAUCGGCGGUGAUCUCAGCUUAAACUUGAGACCAGGAUCGAGGACUACCAGCGCACCUUCCUCGCCAGCCAAAAGCCGAGAAAGUUUGUUGCAAAGAGUUCAGAGUCUUACCGGAGCUGCCAGAGAUCAGGGUGCCUCCAUUCUGGGAGCAGCCGUUUCGGGUGCCACGAGAGGACCCACCUACAGCAAGGAUCGAUGCUUCACUCUCUUAGUGAUAGACGAUCAGAAUACCGACUGGAGCAAAUAUUUUCGAGGUCGAAGGCUACACGGGGAUUAUGAGAUACGCGUGGAGCAAGCGGAAUUCCGAGAAAUGUCCCUCACGGCGAACGAAGCAGGCAGUACCGUGUCUAUGGCAGUUUAUCGUAAUGGUACUAAAGUCAUCAGAUCUUUCAAGCCGGAUUUCGUGCUGAUUCGUCAGAAUUUGCGAGAUGCUGAUGAGGAUUACAAGAACCUUCUCCUUGGUCUGAUGUACGGUGGCAUUCCUAGCGUUAACAAUCUUACCGCGAUUUACAACUUCCAGGACAAGCCAUGGGUAUUCGCGCAUUUAUUGGCUCUCCAACGUCGCUUGGGCAAAGAUAAUUUCCCCCUGAUCGAGCAGACUUACUACCCGAAUCAUCGUGAAAUGGUGAGCGCUUCGCGAUUCCCCGUAGUAAUGAAAUUAGGACACGCCCACGGAGGUAUUGGCAAGGCUCGCGCCGAAACAAAUCAAGAUUUCUUGGAUCUCGCAUCUUUGGCAGCAUUGACGAAUACUUAUUGCACCGCGGAGCCGUACGUUGACACCAAAUUCGACGUGCACGUGCAGAAAAUAGGAAACAAUUACAAGGCCUUCCUACGAAAAAGCAUAACUGGAAAUUGGAAAUCGAACACGGGUUCGGCGAUGUUGGAGCAAGUACCGGUGAGCGAGCGACAUCGUGUCUGGAUCGACAACGUGUCUCAACUUUUUGGAGGUUUGGAUAUUUGCGCGAUCGAGCUUCUCGUUGGUAAAGAUGGCCGAGAGCACAUCAUAGAAGUCAACGAUAGCGCGCUCUCUUUGAUGGGAGACUCUCAGGAAGAAGAUCGUCGUCAUAUCGCUGAUUUGGUUACCGCCAAGAUGCAAGCUUGUUGCCGACCACCCACCAGCGUUUUAACGAAAACAGCCUCGAGAGGUUCUAUGUCCGGUUCGAGCCAGGCUACGAGUCCCGUGGAAGAUUCACGUACCGCACCCCCAACCGUACCUCCUCCAGCCGCACCUCUAGGAUCUCACGGAAGUAUGAGCUCUAUGGCAAGCAUAGGUAGCUUAGGUUCUACGACGGCCUUGGCAGGCGACGUUACUACUUCGGAUAGUCAUCAUCAGCUUCAACGUCGUGAUUCUCAAGCAUCUCAAUCGAGCACGGUCAGUAGCGCGCCAUCGGUCGGUCGAAGACCAGAGGAACCACCGACGGUACCAUCCAGAGUACCGCCGUUUCAUCGUCAGGGUAGUCAGUCUCAGAAUCAAGGAGAAGACACGGAGGAUACGAUGAAGAAUCUUCGAAAAACCUUCGCUGGUAUAUUCGGUGAUAUGUAAUUCACCGUUGAAUCGGUCGACUAACGUGAAGGAAAAAAUCAAUGAGAACCUAAUUAGGAUUGCGAGUCCAUGUAAUUGAUCCUUUUCAAGUCUGAAAAAUAUCGUCUUGUUUAAGGGACGUUUUGUUUUAACGAUACGGUUUAUAACGUCGACAUUAAAGCGACUCGACGAUCUUCAAAGUAUUCCCUAGUCAAAGUAGUCUCGCAUCGAUGUGUAAAUAUCUAUAUAUUUGCAGAUUUUUCGUUAACUUAUAUCUACGCAAUCCCAACGCGAUUCAUAGAUUAGAAGAAUCUUUCAAAAGUAACGCUUACCAGUAGUCGAUAUAUUUGUUAUAGAAAAUCGCUAUUUCUCGAUUUUAUGCUGAUAGAGAUUCGCGCAUCUAUGCACUCGAUAAUAUACUUGUAUUAUUUUUCAAGGCAACAUUGAUAAAAGUGAUCGAACAACGAAUAAUUUUUUUAACGAUUUAAUCCAUGUCCGAUACUUUUAUUUAAAGUAGAUCUGUCAUUAGAAUUGUUUUAUAAUUUAACUUGAGAGUCGCUUGUCGUCCAAACAAAAUUUCAAGAUAUUGUUCAACAGUAUACUUUGACAUUUAAUAUUUUAAGCGCACAAUUAGUUUGUAAGCUUUCGAAAAAAAAAAGCAUUUUAACGUUACGAUGCCUUUAAAACUACAAUGAACAGCAUAUAUACGUACGUAUAUACAUGUACGUAUACACACCUACCCACAUACACGCACGCACGCACGCACACGCACACGCACACGCACACGCACACGCACACGCACACACACACACACACACACACACACACUCGCGAAUGAGGUGCUUGGCCGUUGAUGUUGAAUUAGAAAAGAUUUUUAGAUCGGAGAACGUUGGAAGAGAUUAAGAUCAAAUCCAUUUUCUAAAAGUGUCUAUUAUCUUACCGUCGACGAGCAGUCUGCGAAUAUAUAAAUGUUUAUGCAAAUUCAAGACUCGUUAUUCAUUAUCUUGCUCUCGAUGCGACAAUUAAUAUAUCUUCGUUUAUUAUAUCAGAAUGAAAUCGUUAAUUCGUGUCUUCAACUUAAGUUAUCACGACGAACACGAGAGUGUAUUUCGACGUUGACAAAAUAUCGUGGCUCUUAUCAAACUUAUUUUUUUCUCAUAAAAAAUUCGCUGAAAUGAAAUUAUUUUCAUUUGUUUUAUGCAUUUCAACGUGCCUUUUGACAACAUUAAAAAGUGUCCUUUAUAUUAAUAUUCAUCAAGACGCCAACGAUGUAAACGAUCGACGGAAACUUCAAAAUUAUAUCAAUACGAUGCUUAUAAUAAAUCUACCAUGUCCAUGAGAAAAAUUUCAAAAGAAAUGGAAAAUUUACGGACAACCAUCGAUUAUCCAACGUAAUAUCAUAAUUAAUCAUUUUUGGAUACCGUCCAACGAAAGGAAACAUUUCUCAAUUUCGUUAAAACAUAUGUAAAAGUUUUACGUCUAAACUCGCACAAAUAAAUAUAAAGGAACUUAAUCAUUCAGUUUUCCAUUAAUAUCUUUGAGAAAGUAAAAUUUUGUAAAUUCUUUGAAAAAUAAAUUAUUCUUCUUCUCAAUGAUCGAAAGAUCAAAAGAUAAACCAUAGAUGAAUCGUAUUCAAGAAUCUAAUAAAACGUGAGAAUAAAUAUUUAUAUAAAGUUAUUUCCCGCAGGAGAGAAUCAGAAUGGAAGAAUGGCGAGAGCGACCAACGGCACUAACAAUAACAAGUCGGUGAUCCCUUUCAAAAUAUCCUCCAGUCGUAAAUAUCCUUUAGAAUUUCUGAUCAAACAUUACGUUAAUUGUAAAUAAUUAAAAAGAAAUAGAUUGGAGCCACGAUAUUGCGCGGAGCGAAUCGAUAUUGAGGAGGAUGGUGACGAUAGAGCGCCAAUUAAUAAAGACAAAGAAUACCUCAGGGGUGCGAACGCAAGCGAGUAGAUGAUAACAUAGAAAAUUAGGAGAGACGUCUGUAACUGGUAUGAAGAAAAAGAAGGAAAACAAACGUAGAGGGACUAGUAUCGUAUUAGGCGAAUUUCUCUCGACUGAAAAAUGUAGAAACGAUUACUUUAAAAAUAGUUUCCUGUUCGUUCGCAAAGAGCUAGACUCUGUAGCACAUUCCUAUGGUCGCAAUUGAUAGUAUUUAGUUAAACGUAAUGAUUUUUUUUUCAAUCACUUCCUUUAUAACCUUUGUACGUAACUCGUCUAUUCUAUAAACCUUAUUACAUUUUACACGUAUUGUCUAAUACCAUUAUGGUUUCAUAUUUUUAUACUAUUUCUUAUCUCUCGCAGAUAUGCGAGAAGAUGCGAUAUUUGAUGGAAUCGUUUUUAAGAAAUAUUUAUCAAAGAGAAAAAAUUAUCGAUAUACUUCCGAGUAAUUUAUUCGUAUUGCGUUUGAAAGAGCUGACUAAUUAUUGUAUAAGAAGCAUCCAAAAUUAUUAUUGGAAAGAGUCGUUUCCUCAGAAUAUUACCGUUCGAUUAUCAUGUAGUAUUGCGAGCAGUAACGAUAAUAUCCUCGAUAUGAAAUUCCUCUUCAUUAUUAUUCUCAUACCUUUAAACGAAGUAAUAACAAUACUAGCAAUAUAUCGAUAGUUUAGAAAAACCCUUUGUUGCACGAAGGUGACCGACAAACCUUCCACUAGUGAAUGCGUCUUCGUUGUUGCGCCUUUUGAGCAAAUUACACGUACACAAAUAUUAUCAACAAGAAUAUCGUUUCGUUUGAUGGUGUAUCAAAAAAAAAAAAAAAAAAAAAAAAAAGAAAAGAAAAGAAAAAAAAAAAAGAAAACAAAAAACAAAAAAAACCAAAAACAAAAAAAAAAGGAACAAGAAAGCAGAGAAUAAUGGCGAUCUCUUCUGCAAAAAGAGGAAAGUCGUUGUGAAAUAAAAAAAAAAAAACGUACCUACGUGUAUUUU